AUGCCUGUUGGUUCCUCCGAUGCCAUUCAAGCGUGGGACCUCUUGUCUCGAAUUCAACAAUGCGUAGGAGCGCAGGAUUCAUCGAAUCGACCUUUCAGUACAGACGUUCGCACCUCGCAGCCAUCCACGUUCAACGCACCCUCGAAUCUUUCGCUGCCACCACCAGCUUACACACAGCGCCUCAAGCCAUGUUUCCCGCCUUCCCUUGCGAGACCGACUCCUCGACCGCGCGUAUUCUCCGCACCGUCCUUUUCCAAUCGCGUGUCAACGCUCGACAUGGAACGUGGUGGCGUAGCUGGGGAUAGUUCUGCCUGCAGUUCCCGCUCAGCCAGUCAAGACAGAACCAGUACAUGUGUCCCUCUGUCCAGACAAAACUCGCUUCCUUGUCUUGGUAAAGGCGUGGAUGGGGAGAGUGGUGGUCUGCCUCUGCGACGUGUCGAUAGUGCUGCGUCCUUUGCUUCUACAUUAUCCUACACUGGAAUUGAUCCAGAUGAUCCCCGUAUUACUGGAGCCCGCCGCCCGAGCGCAGAAGUAGGAUUCCCGAGUUAUAAGGAAGGGGAAGCCUUUCUCUUACUUCUCACAGAGGCAUUGAUGAGGUUUGGUGCACCCUCGCAUCGAAUCGAGUCGCAGCUCCUGUCCGUGGCGGCGUCCCUCCAUAUCAAGCUCCAAGUCAUACAUGUUCCUGGCGUGACAAUCAUGUCGUUUAGCAAGCAUAUCAAGAAUUCUUCGGCCGUCAAUGUUCGCUUUGUCAAGGCUUCCACCAAAGUUGACCUCGGACGUUUGCACGACGUCCAUGUCGUGUAUAAAAAGGUGGUUCACUACGAAGAGACUACGGAAAAUGCAUCAAGUGCUCUCAAGCAGCUCCUAAAGCGAGAUCCAAUCUUCAAUGCACCCGAACAGAUCAUGUUAGCCGUCAUAUGUGGUCUGAUACUCUCUCCCAUGGCAUACAAAGGAUCCGUGUUGGACCUUGUUGCGGCUGGUCUUUGUUGUGGAGUUAUUGCAUGGCUCCAUCUAUGGGCGGCAAAGAAGAAUGCAAUGUUCUCCAAUUUCGUAGAGAUCACGUCUGCCAUUUUCGUUGCGUUUACUGCACGCGGUCUGUCAAGUCUUCCCCAAGGUAUCUUUUGUUAUUCGGCGGUGGCAUCUGCAGGCGUUGUGAAGCUGCUUCCAAAAUACAUGAUCAUCUGCGGCUCAUUGGAGUUGGCAUCAAAGCAGGUGAUGACCGGUUCAGUAAAGAUGGUUUAUGCCAUCAUAUGGUCCUUAUUCCUCGGAUUCUCGAUAACGCUUGGAAGGCAAGCCGUCGUCGGUUGUGCCUCAUCCUUGGCUGAUUCGAAUCUCAGUGACCUCUACUAUCUUAUCGAUUCGGGAGCACGCAGCCGACGAUUCCAAGCAACUCAAUACCUCGCUGACGCAAUGAUUCUUGUAGGAGAUUUCAGUCUCGACAAUACAACCACCACCUGGGGGUUCCACUUCUCCAACGUAACAGCGCCGCCGUCCACUCGCUUGUACAGUGUCAAUGGUUGUUAUCGCUCACCCGAUUGGCCGUGGUAUCUUCAGUCUCCUCCGCCCUGGACGCUGCUAUUUCUAGUUCCUCUCUAUGCCGUAUUCUCUGCGUUUGCAGCCUUUCAGCCACUGAAGAGCCGGGAACUUCCCGUAAUGGUCCUGGUCAGCUGUUGUUCCUAUGCGGCCAAUAGGGGCGUUCAUGUAGUCAUUCCAUCACGUGGAGAUAUUUCUGGUGCCAUUGGAGCUUUCGUAAUCGGGGCUAUGGGACAUUUGUACUCGCGCAUCUUCCACGGGACAGCGUUCAUAGCCAUGUUCAAUGGAAUAGGCUUCCUGGUUCCCUCGGCUAUCGCGGCAACGGGAGGGUUGGCACAAAACUACAGAGGAAAGUCAGGGAAUCACUACACAUCCAGUCUGGACUUGGCGAUGCGCAUGAUACAGGUGGCUAUCGGGACGACCAUGGGUCUCUACACAAGUGCCCUCGUGGUGUAUUCUGUAGGGAAGCGGAAAAAGGGUGCGCUAUGGGCCUUCUGA